CGAGCCGUGGGGCCUGGCUCGGAGAAGGCGUUGCCGCUGCCGCUGCAGUUGCUGCCGCCAGGAAACACAAGGAGCGGGACCAAGCGCAGCGUGGCGAUGGGCGGGAGUAGGGCCCCGCCGGAGAGGCUGGGCGGCCGCCGGUGACAGACUGUGUUCUGUCCACCGUGCCUCCUGCAUGUUCUGCUGCCCUGAGCUGUCCCAAGCUAGGUGACAGCGUGUCACGCUGCCACCAUGAACGAGGUGUCUGUCAUCAAAGAAGGCUGGCUCCACAAGCGUGGUGAAUACAUCAAGACCUGGAGGCCCCGGUACUUCCUGUUGAAGAGUGACGGCUCCUUCAUCGGCUACAAGGAGCGGCCUGAUGCCCCUGACCAGACCCUGCCCCCCCUGAACAACUUCUCUGUCGCAGAAUGCCAGCUGAUGAAGACUGAGAGACCACGGCCCAAUACCUUUGUCAUACGCUGCCUGCAGUGGACCACGGUCAUCGAGAGGACCUUCCAUGUAGACUCUCCAGAUGAGAGGGAAGAGUGGAUGCGAGCCAUUCAGAUGGUUGCCAACAGCCUCAAGCAGCGGGGCCCAGGUGAGGACCCCAUGGACUAUAAGUGUGGCUCCCCCAGCGACCCUUCUGCGGCUGAGGAGAUGGAAGUGGCAGUUAGCAAGGCCCGGGCCAAAGUGACCAUGAAUGACUUCGACUAUCUCAAACUUCUGGGCAAGGGCACCUUUGGCAAAGUGAUUCUGGUGCGAGAGAAGGCCAGUGGCCGGUACUAUGCCAUGAAGAUCCUGCGGAAGGAAGUUAUCAUCGCCAAGGAUGAAGUUGCCCACACGGUCACCGAGAGCCGGGUCCUACAGAACACCAGACACCCGUUCCUCACCGCCCUGAAGUACGCCUUCCAGACCCAUGACCGCCUGUGUUUCGUGAUGGAGUACGCCAAUGGCGGCGAGCUGUUUUUCCACCUGUCCCGGGAGCGCGUCUUCACGGAGGAGCGGGCUCGCUUCUAUGGCGCAGAGAUCGUCUCUGCCCUUGAGUAUCUGCACUCGAGGGACGUGGUGUACCGUGACAUCAAGCUGGAAAACCUCAUGCUGGACAAAGAUGGCCACAUCAAGAUCACGGACUUCGGCCUAUGCAAAGAAGGCAUCAGUGACGGGGCCACCAUGAAAACCUUCUGUGGGACGCCCGAGUACCUGGCACCUGAGGUGCUGGAGGACAACGACUACGGCCGCGCGGUGGACUGGUGGGGGCUGGGCGUGGUCAUGUACGAGAUGAUGUGCGGCCGCCUGCCCUUCUACAACCAGGACCACGAGCGCCUCUUCGAGCUCAUCCUCAUGGAAGAGAUCCGCUUCCCGCGCACGCUCAGCCCCGAGGCCAAGUCCUUGCUUGCUGGGCUGCUUAAGAAGGACCCCAAGCAGAGGCUCGGCGGGGGGCCCAGCGACGCCAGGGAGGUCAUGGAGCACAGGUUCUUCGUCAGCGUCAGCUGGCAGGACGUGGUGCAGAAGAAGCUUCUACCACCCUUCAAACCUCAGGUCACCUCUGAGGUCGACACGAGGUACUUUGACGAUGAGUUUACCGCCCAGUCCAUCACAAUCACGCCCCCGGACCGCUAUGACAGCCUGGGCUCUCUCGAACUGGACCAGCGGACCCACUUUCCCCAGUUCUCCUACUCGGCCAGCAUCCGCGAGUGAGCAGAGCCGCCCACCGCCGCUGACUCCGCUGCAGGACGCUAGAUCGGCUGCCAUCACCGCCCUGGGGGCUUGUCUCUUUGUUUUUAAACUUUUUAUUUUGCCUUUUUUUGUUUGCAUCCCCAUCCCUCACCUGCUCACCCCCAUUUCCAGUUUUUUCAGCCCUCUGCCAAACUGACCUCGGCGGUCCUGGUGGCCCCGCCUCCAGGAUCCUGUCCUGUCCUCACCUUGGUGCCCAGACCAGGAUUUGGGAGACUCCACUGGCCGCCCCAGGACCAGGGCUUCGGGCAGUUGGAGAGAUUCCGGUUUUUAAUCAACACAAGCCCCAGCAUAGGGCGCCACGUGGAGCUGCGGGUCCUGCCCGGAUUUCUGGCCAGAUGCCUGCAGCCAGCCUGUCCCUGUGCCGCUGCCCCGGUCAGAGGCUGCCUUCCUAUGGGACACCUCGUGGGACACAACGCCCUGCGGACAGUGCCCUGGUGCUGUUGGGCUCAGCGCGGCCUGGCACGGGCGGUCCGGCCCCUUCCUCCACAGGGGCAGCAAAGCAAUAAUGUCCAGGGACAGGCGGGGGGGUCCUUUGGAAGCUGUGGGGUUGGGGGUUUGGGAAUCCCUCGUGUAGAUGGGGCCCAGUCUACCCUAGGGGGCAUGAGGAAGGCCCCGGGGUUGGGCACUGCCUCCUUGCCCUGCCUUCCCCAGCCUCCCAAGCUGCUCUCCUGACCCUGUGGAUGAGGAGGGAGGGACAUUUAGGGAUGAGCCUCCCCACCACCCAGUCCUGUGCCUUACCAGGGCUUCCUUCCGGCUGGCCUUAACUCCUGCUGGGCCCCGGGCCUGGCCACAGCCCUUGCCAAGGAUGGGGGCUGGGAUCACCCCCUUCUGGCCGCCGGGGGCGGAAGGUGCCAGCUCCAGCUGUUACACAUCUCACACCAAGACAGUAUUGGGCCCCGUAGACUAGGGUCAAAGAGGGGGUGGGAGUGGGGUUCUCUGGUACGUACUGGGGGGGCGGCCUCUGAGAGGGGAGGCUCCAGGGCCCUUCCCUCCCUCCUCUCCCUGGGCCCCACGUUCUGCAGCCUUAAGGUGAAUGUGUGUCACUGCUGUGGGCUCGCGUGUGCGUGCGUCAGCCUGUGUCUGGAUGGCCCCAUGCAUCUGGGACUUGGGUGCACAUGGGGGUGUGUGUGCAUGUGUGUUCAGUAUGUGUGUGUGAGGGCAAGCGUGUCCCAGCCUUGAGUGCGUGCGUGCGUGCGUGUGUGUGUGUGUGUGUGUGUGUGCAUGCUUGGGCCCUGUCCUCAGCCCUAGCAUUUCAUCCCAUAGGGGAGGGGUGCUGGCCUGGUGGGGGAGCCACACCUGGGGUCCAUUUGCUGCCCAGCCUCCCUCCCCCCUAACAUCUCCGGGUGUGUGGAAUUUAGUUGUGGCUUUGAUCUCCUUGCCCCACCUCCUGUACUAGGUAGUUCAGAGAGAGACAUCCUAGGGUGGGGUGAGGGUUGGUUUGGGUGGGUGGGGGGUCUUUUUCCUUUCUGUGUGUGUAUGUCAUUUAUCUGACAAUUCUCUGUCCUCCCCACUGGCCUUCCCCAUUCCUCCCAUUUGUACGGUACAAGCAAUAAAGACACUCGUUUCAGACCGGGGCCCACCGCGCUGGGCCCUUCCUUGCCUGC